AUGAAUCAUGACUUCAAGGGAGGCAAAUUGCGAUUUUCCUGGCUUAUCGAGGGAUCUGGUUUGGUUUGCUUGACCACAAAAGCUUAUCAUCUGGAUGUUAUUCCCGAAGAGGGCUCCUCGGCCGCGGAUACCCCAGAUCCGCGGAUACCCCAGAUCCAGAUUGCAUCAUCAGAGAGUCACUCGUUAAACCGCGAAAGCACGUGCAAAUUUAUAAAUGACGCCUCUGAGAAUAUCUAG